AUGCCCGCCUACGCCGCAGCGCGAGGCUGUCGCCGAGCUGCUGCUCGUAUCGCCGAUACCGCUCAGCGGCCUCGACCUCUCCUCUUCGAGAAAGCGCCGAAUCACGCCCAGGGUCGAAGCAACGUCACCGAAGAGACUCGCUAUAAUCACAAGCCCCGGGUCCAUCAGCCCUUCGCUCAACAGCAUUACUCGCUCCAGGUUCCCGAAUCCGCUCGGAUGGUCCAGUCGGGCCGAGACCAGCGGGUGUCUCUUUAUAAAGCCACCACCGUCGCAAACCCGCUACUCCAAGAUAUGGCAACACAGGAUCCCCACGAGCCACCGCCGGCGCGGCACCUCAUUCUGUCCUUUGACCUACGUGACAAGUUCAACCCCUUGAAUGAUCCCGAAAAUCGAGACACUCUCCGUAGCAUAUUUCCCCUACGCACCCUACCCCCGAAACCGUGGCCACUUAGCAUCGCCGGUGUUCCACUUUACCUCCACCUGGGGCUCGGUCAAAAUCCUCUACCACCACCAAGGCCUGUCCGUCGCAAGAAUGGCUCCAUCGCUGAAGACCAAGAUGGGCAAGAUAUGGAGAAUUGGGAGCCGCUCUUCCUUGCUGUAAAGGGCCACUUCCAGGACGUCGGCAUCCCGAUUACAGAGGUCAUGUACCUUGGCAACGUCGUGUUCAUUGUCUUGAAGCACCGGGAUACUGAUAUCAACAAACUGCCGUGCCGCGCAGCGAAGAUCGGCUGUUCCUACUUGUUCGACGACGAGAUGGGAAGACCGUCGGCACCACACGCUCGGCGCCUUUCUGAUCCUGCUCCGAGGAACCGGGACGUUAGCCAAUACGACACUCUGCAGCCAGGUUUGAGGGUGGCAUCUUCCUACCAGUCAGGCAACUCCGGUACCUUUCUCUCAACAACGACUGGCGUUCUUCUGAAGGAUGGAGCGGGCAACGAGUUCAUGACUGUGGCCGCGCAUGGCUUCCCCAGCGAAUGUGGGACGCAAGUUUUCCACGCAUCCCCCGGUACCGGCCGCGGCAUUGGCGAGGUCGUCAUGGAAGUCUCUCACACAGACAUCGCCCUCGUCAAGUUGAGGGACACGGAAACAUUCUCCAACGUCACGUUCCAGAGCGAUAAAAUCCAAGAGCCUAUCCAGCUCAAGCAGUUGGUUUCAGCUAGAGACCACCAACGCUUCGGUUCGAUUUUGCCUCGAUACGCCUGA